AUGUUUCAUCGAACGGUCUCUCGGUCACUCGCCGUCGCCGCCUCCUCGGUCGUCGGCAUCUCCGCGGCGACGUACUACGGCAGAAACAACAAAGAAGGGUCAGGAGGAGGAUUACCGCAGGAACCGUGGUCGAACGUCGAUAAACCUUUGCCGACGAGAGCGGAGAUGUUUCGGGAAAUCGAGCGGCGAAUUGGUUUACAUUCAACCAGGAAUAAGAAGAACGGAGGAGCUGCUGAGAACAAUGACUAUGAUAAAGAUGAUAAGGAUGACGAUAAGUUCGAUCUUUUGGUGAUUGGAGGCGGCGCGACCGGCUCUGGCGUCGCCUUGGACGCGCAAACGAGAGGUUUGAAGACGAUUUUAGUCGAACGAGACGAUUUCGCCUCUGGGACGUCCUCGAAGUCGACGAAACUCGUGCACGGAGGAGUUCGGUAUUUAGAAAAAGCGGUGUUCAAUUUAGAUUACGGACAGUUAAAGUUAGUCUUUGAAGCUCUGAAAGAGCGGAAAGUGUUACUGCAGAACGCGCCGCAUUUAAGUCACGUGUUGAUGAUCGCGACGCCGUGUUACGAGUGGUACGAAGUGCCGUACUAUUGGGCCGGGAUGAAGGCGUACGAUUUAGUCGCCGGGACGUCGGCGUUGACGUUUAGCUCGUUCGCGACGAGCUCGAGGACAAUCAUGGAGUUUCCAACCGUCGCGAAGAGGAAAGUUUUGAUCGACGACGAGGAAGAGGCGAGAAAAAUUAGAGAGAGAGACGACGUGGAUGAAAUUUUGAGCACCGAGGAACCGACGAUGGGGAAGAGUUUAAAAGGGUCGGUUUUGUAUAGCGAUGGACAGUUUGACGACGCGAGGUUGAACGUAGCGUUGGCGGUAACCGCCGCGCACGCCGGCGCGGUCGUGUUGAAUCACUGCUCUGUAGUUGAUUUAUUGAAAGACGACGACGUGAAUCGAGAGAAAGUUACCGGCGCGAUUCUUAAAGACGAAGAAACGGGGAAGACGCACGCGGUGCGAGCGAAAGUCAUCGUCAACUGCGCCGGACCUUUCGCGGACGAUGUGCGAGCUUUAGACGAUCCGUCGAAAGCGACCAAGGAGAAAAAAAUGGUCUCGCCUUCGUUGGGGACGCACGUUGUGUUGCCAAAAUAUUACGUUCCGGAAAAGUUUGGCAUGAUCAUCCCGAAGACGAAAGACGGAAGAGUCGUGUUUUUGUUGCCGUGGUUGGACCACGCGGUCGCUGGAACGACGGAUAUUGCUUUAAAACCGGGCGAGAAAACGCCAAAAGAACCGUUAGCGACGCAAGACGAAGUUGAUUACAUAUUGGAAACCAUAGCCCCGUAUUUGGCUUUACAACCGCACCGACAAGAAGUCCUUUCCGUGUGGUCGGGCGCUCGGCCGUUGGCGAAAGAUCCGACGAAAACGAACUCGAGCGAUUUAUCGAGAGACCACGUGAUUGCGAAAGAAACGCCGAGCGACGUGAUCGUCGUCGCUGGUGGUAAAUGGACGACGUAUAGGUUGAUGGCGGAAGAAACGGUGGAUUUAGUUCUGAAAACGAUGAGAGAGAGUGGGGAAAACGUAAAUGCGAUUGCGAGCUGUCGCACGAGCAACAUGGGCGUUAUUGGCGCACAUGGACACAAAGAUUCUCUUUCGGCAUCCGUGGCGCAAUCUGGAGGCGACGGAUUUGGUGGUUCAAAUCCAGAUCCGGAUGUUUCGAGACAUCUGGCAACUUCGUACGGCGAUCGCGCGAUGGCUGUCGCAUCCUUAGCCUCCUUCGCCGGAUUAGAAAAACGUUUACAUCCGAACGUGCCGGUGAUUGAAGCCGAAGUCGUAUACGCCGCACGCGCGGAGUUUUGCCGAUCGGCGAGUGAUUUCUUAGCGAGGCGUUCGAGAAUGGCAUUUUUAGACGUGCAGGCGAGUGAAAUGGCGACCAAUCGCGUGGUAGAGUUGUUAGCAAAAGAGUUGAAGUGGGGGUGGCGAAGACGACGGGCGGAAACGAAAAAGACGAAGGAGUUCUUGAAGUCGUUCAGAGCUUCUUAA